AUGCGUGUCGACUUCCUCCGACUCGACUGGACUCGCAAUACCAGGUCGUUGCCAUCAAGAUCCACUGCGCAAGACUGGAGGCCGGGGGCUGAGAGCUCCAACCCACUUUCGACGGCCACCAUCGUCGUCACCUGUCAACCCCGACCCGCGGCCUUAACGAGUUUCCUUUGGAGCGAUUUUGCACAUAGACGACCCACGUCGCUCACCACCGCCACGAUGCCUGAAGUUGUCGACCCCCGCAUGAUCUCGGUGACGCCUAGGAUACGGUACAACACCAUCGGCGGCGUCAACGGCCCAUUGGUCAUUCUCGACAAUGUCAAGUUCCCGCGAUACAACGAAAUCGUCUCCCUGACGCUGCCCGAUGGCACAGAGCGCUCUGGACAGGUGCUCGAAGCUCGAGGAAACCGAGCUGUCGUUCAGGUUUUCGAAGGCACCUCUGGCAUCGAUGUCAAAAAGACCAAAGUCGAGUUCACUGGCCACAGCUUGAAGCUUGGUGUCUCGGAAGACAUGUUGGGCCGUAUCUUCGAUGGUUCAGGAAAGGCCAUUGACAAGGGCCCCAAGGUGCUCGCAGAAGACUACCUCGACAUCAACGGUAGUCCAAUCAACCCCUACUCUCGAGUCUAUCCAGAAGAAAUGAUCUCGACCGGAAUCUCGGCCAUCGACACGAUGAACUCGAUCGCCCGUGGUCAGAAGAUUCCCAUUUUCUCCUCGUCUGGUCUCCCCCACAACGAAAUCGCCGCGCAGAUUUGCAGACAGGCUGGUUUGGUCGGCAAGCCAUCCAAGGGUGUGCACGAUGACCACGACGACAACUUCUCCAUCGUCUUCGGUGCCAUGGGUGUCAACCUGGAGACCAGCCGUUUCUUCACAAGAGAUUUCGAGGAGAACGGCAGCAUGGAACGUGUCACCCUGUUCCUGAACCUGGCCAAUGACCCUACGAUCGAACGUAUCAUUACGCCCCGUCUUGCGCUCACUACCGCCGAGUAUUACGCCUAUCAGCUCGAGAAGCACGUCUUGGUCAUUCUUACUGAUCUUUCGUCGUACUGUGAUGCGCUUCGUGAGGUCUCUGCCGCCCGUGAGGAAGUGCCCGGUCGCCGUGGAUACCCUGGUUACAUGUACACGGAUUUGUCCACCAUCUAUGAACGAGCUGGUCGUGUCGAGGGCCGUAACGGAUCGAUUACCCAGAUUCCCAUCUUGACUAUGCCUAAUGACGACAUCACCCAUCCUAUUCCCGACUUGACAGGUUACAUUACAGAGGGUCAAAUCUUCGUCGAUCGUCAACUUUACAACAAGGGCAUCUACCCACCGAUCAACGUGCUGCCCUCGCUAUCCCGUCUCAUGAAGUCUGCUAUUGGUGAGGGUCGCACGCGCAAGGACCACGGUGACGUAUCUAAUCAGCUUUACGCCAAAUACGCCAUCGGUCGUGACGCCGCUGCCAUGAAGGCUGUCGUCGGUGAGGAAGCGCUGUCCUCGGAAGACAAACUAUCUCUCGAGUUCCUCGAGAAGUUUGAACGCUCGUUCAUUGCCCAGGGCGCGUACGAGUCCCGCUCCAUCCACGAAUCCCUCGACCUAGCUUGGUCGCUGCUGCGUAUCUACCCCAAGGAAUUGCUCAACCGCAUUCCAGCAAAGGUCCUGGAUCAGUACUACCAGAGGAGUCGGGGCGAUGACAAGAAGAAGGCCAACAAGGACACGAGGGACAACUCGGGUGAGGGUCGACAGGCAGAGGACGAGAACUUGAUUGAUGUAUGA